GAGUGUCGGCCGUCGCUGGGACGUCAUCGGGAGACGCCGGGGACGAUCGGCUGCUGACUGGCUUAUGACAAAGCUGUGCAGAUGUAAUCCACGUUCGUUGCGUAUCACAUCUUGCACGUGACGAACAAAGUGAGCGCGCGAAACUCAAGCAGUCGCCGGCGCCCUGGAGUUCAGCCUUGGGCCCGAGUCAGGAUGCCCCCGACAAUCGGGGAAACGUUGCGCGUGUGGCUGCUCUCGGCACUGGUGGUGCACGGGGCCGUCGCCGGCAAUCCGGACGCGAAGCGGCUCUACGACGACCUGCUGUCCAACUACAAUAAGCUCGUUAGGCCCGUCGUCAAUACCUCCGACGUGCUUCGCGUCUGCAUAAAGCUCAAGCUCUCGCAGCUCAUCGACGUCAAUCUAAAGAACCAGAUCAUGACGACGAAUCUGUGGGUAGAGCAAUCCUGGUACGACUACAAGCUGCGCUGGGAGCCGAAGGAAUACGGCGGCGUGCAUAUGUUACACGUGCCCUCCGAUCAUAUUUGGCGUCCCGACAUUGUCCUCUACAAUAACGCGGACGGAAACUUCGAGGUGACCUUGGCCACGAAGGCCACCAUCUACCACCAGGGCUUGGUCGAGUGGAAGCCGCCAGCGAUAUACAAGUCCUCCUGCGAAAUCGACGUCGAGUACUUCCCUUUUGACGAGCAGACCUGCGUACUCAAGUUCGGUUCGUGGACCUACGACGGCUUCAAGGUGGAUCUGAGACACAUGGACGAGAAAUCCGGGAGCAACGUCGUUGACGUUGGCGUCGACCUCUCCGAGUUCUACAUGUCCGUCGAGUGGGACAUACUCGAGGUCCCCGCGGUGAGGAAUGAGAAGUUUUACACGUGUUGCGACGAGCCUUAUCUGGAUAUAACCUUCAACAUAACCAUGAGACGGAAAACACUUUUCUACACGGUGAAUAUCAUCAUUCCGUGCAUGGGAAUAUCGUUUCUCACGGUGCUUACCUUCUAUCUUCCCAGUGAUAGCGGAGAGAAGGUGACGCUUUCCAUUUCGAUUCUUAUCAGUCUUCACGUUUUCUUCCUGCUCGUUGUCGAAAUUAUACCGCCAACAUCGCUGGUGGUGCCGCUCCUUGGUAAAUACCUAAUAUUUGCCAUGAUCCUCGUCUCUAUCAGUAUAUGCGUCACCGUGGUUGUCCUUAACGUCCACUUCCGCUCGCCCCAAACCCACAAGAUGGCGCCCUGGGUCAAGAGAGUCUUCAUACACAUCCUGCCGAGGCUCCUUGUCAUGCGGAGGCCUCAGUACAAGUUCGAGCCGACGAGAUUCACGUCAACCAGGGCCCUCAUGAGGGGCAUGAGGGGCAGCAAAGAUAGAUCCUAUUACCCUUAUCAUUCGUCCUGUCAUGAUAUAAGCGACGAGCAUCUCACUCCCUCCAAGAGAUUCCACGGUCAUACUUCUUCCAAGGACGAUCUUUCACCUUCCAGCUUGACGGACGGAGCGCGUUUCGGUGGCAGCUGCCUGAUCCACGGCCCGAGCCUUCCACGACUCCCUCUUCACGCGGAGUGCGACGACCUGCAGGUGGCCGGGGUCGGCGAUGUGGCCGCGGCUGCCGUCCUCGACGACUCCAAGAGCCCGGUACUCCGGCCCUCCUCUACCUUCUCGCACUCCAAGUGCCCACCAGAGAUACACAGGUCGUGCAUCUGCGUGCGCUUCAUCGCCGAGCACACCAAGAUGCUCGAGGACUCGACCAAGGUAAAGGAGGACUGGAAGUACGUGGCGAUGGUGUUGGACCGUCUGUUCCUAUGGAUCUUCACCCUGGCGGUGCUGGUCGGCACGGCGGGCAUAAUCCUCCAAGCGCCGACCCUCUACGACGACCGAGUUCCUAUCGACAAGAAGUUCAGCGAGUUCGCGACGACGACGGUUGUCAAGUGUCCGCCCCAGUAACUGGCGUUCCGACGAUUAGUCACGCCCAUGCCCGACAAGAACCGGAUACGACGCCCUGACUCGCGUAACGAGGACGCGAGCGAGACACGUGAGCCGGACGAAAAAAAGCUCCCGAGGUACGCGUAUUACACGUCUGCCGCGACGUUACGUUGACGUGAUUCACGCUUUCAUUCGG